UAUUUGCCUAUACAUCACUUCCUAGCCGCUGCUGCCUCGGCCGCUGCUGCCAUCGCUCUCUGUUUGCUGCCGGGGCGCUGCACCCCACUAGCCCUUGUCUCUCGAGCUGCCUCUUGGGGGUUUGGUCGUCUUUUCAUGCUACCGCUGCCUACUGGGUGCUCGCGCCCCGAGGGGACCGUCCCUUCUCGAUAAUUCAUGGCUUGCCUGACCAGUGAUGAAGUCCAGAAUUCAGCCACCAAGAGACUUUAUUCCAGGAUGGAGGCCUCUUGCCUAGAGCUGGCUCUAGAAGGUGAGAGGCUCUGUAAAGCUGGAGAUUUCAAAGCUGGGGCUGCCUUCUUUGAAGCAGCUGUCCAAGUGGGAACUGAAGAUCUGAAGACUCUGAGUGCAAUUUAUAGCCAGCUGGGAAACGCCUACUUCUAUCUGAAGGAGUACUCAAAAGCUCUUGAGUAUCACAAGCAUGACCUCACUCUGGCCAGAACUAUUGGGGACCGCAUUGGGGAAGCCAAGGCCAGUGGCAACCUGGGCAACACUCUCAAAAUCUUGGGUCGAUUUGAGGAAGCUGUAAUCUGCUGCCAAAGACACCUGGACAUUUCCCAGGAGCAGGGUGACAAGGUGGGGGAAGCAAGAGCCUUGUACAACAUCGGUAAUGUGUAUCAUGCCAAGGGGAAGCAGCUGUCCUGGAACUCUGCCCAGGACCCCGGCCACCUGCCCCUGGACGUCAGAGAGACACUUCAGAAAGCUUCAGAAUUCUAUGAGAGGAACCUGUCUCUGGUGAAGGAGCUGGGAGACCGGGCUGCCCAGGGCCGGGCCUAUGGGAACCUUGGCAACACCCAGUAUCUGCUGGGAAAUUUUAGUGAAGCCAUCACCUUCCACAAGGAGAGACUUGCCAUUGCUAAGGAAUUUGGAGACAAAGCUGCUGAAAGGAGAGCAUACAGUAACCUAGGAAAUGCCCACAUCUUCCUGGGGCGAUUUGAUGUCUCUGCUGAGUACUAUAAAGAAGACCUCCAGCUGUCCCGACAACUGAAGGACCAGGCCGUGGAGGCCCAGGCCUGCUAUAGCCUGGGCAACACCUACACACUUCUGCAGGACUACGAGCGAGCGGUGGAGUACCACCUGCGGCACCUGCUCAUCGCCCAGGAACUGGGGGACAGAGUGGGUGAGGGCCGAGCCUGCUGGAGUCUGGGAAAUGCUUAUGUGUCCCUAGGAAGUCAUGAACAAGCAAUGACCUUUGCCAAGAAGCAUCUCGAGAUCUCCCACGAGAUCGGAGACAGGAAUGGAGAGCUCACCGCCCGCAUGAACAUUGCCCAGCUCCAGCUUGCCCUUGGUGGGGAUGCCAGCACCAAGGUAGGGGACAGGCCACACUACCCUGGUUAUGAAGCUCAAGGGGCCAGGCCUAAGAGGAUCCAGAGGCACAGUGUAGAGAGCCUAGAUUUGCUGAAGUUCCCACUGGAAAAGAACCAAAAUGGAGACAGCCACCACAUGGUAGAGCUGAAGAUGGCAGGCAAGGACUUCUUUUCCCUUUCUAUGAAAGGCCAGAAAUACCUGGAGGGUCCCCAAGAGGGAAGCAGCUUACCCUUAGACAGCACCAGUGACAUUCAAAUCCAGAUCCCCCAGGCGAAAAUCCCACGAGCACCAUCUGAUGAGGAAUGUUUCUUUGACCUACUGAGUAAGUUUCAGAGCAACCGGAUGGAUGAUCAACGCUGCCCACUAGAAGAGGGCCAAGCUGGGGCAGCUGAGGCCAGCACCCCUACUCCCACCCUGGACGAAAGAAUAUCUCAGUCGUCCCUGAUGGCCUCCCCUCAGACAGAGGAGUUCUUUGACCUCAUUGCCAGCUCCCAGAGCCGCCGGCUGGAUGACCAGCGUGCCAGUGUGGGCAGCCUGCCAGGCCUUCGGAUCACCCAUAACAAUUUGGGCCACCUUCGUGGGGAGGGUGAUGCUCAGGAGCCCGGAGAUGAAUUCUUCAACAUGCUGAUCAAGUGCCAGUCCUCCAGAAUAGACGACCAGCGCUGCGCCCCACCUGACACCAUGCCCCAUGGCCCCACCAUGCCAGAUGAAGACUUCUUCAGCCUCAUACAGAGGGUGCAAGCCAAGCGGAUGGAUGAGCAGCGAGUGGAUCUUGCCUCUGGCCAGGAGGAGGAGGCGGCCAACAUGCGGUCAGACGCCCCGCAGCAGUGCCGGCCUAGUGCCAGCUAAGGCCCCUCUGCCGGAGGACACCCCAGGACAGGUGCCGCUGGAACACACCUGCGCAUCCCUGAGCCUUCACCUAGGAUCUGGGGAAAGAGGGACGACCUUAUCUUCUUCCACCUGUCUGUCUCCAGCCACUAGGGGAAACCACCAACCAUGUGCAGAUCCUCAUGUUCCAGGAGAGGCCAAGAAACCCCAGUGAACUUAUGGCUGAGCUUGAUAUGGUCAUGGCUAGGCACUGGACACCCAGAGAGAUGUGAACAGCUGGCCCUUCUCACCGUAGCUUCGGGGGGGCAUUCCCGGGGUUCAGGCAGGGGUAGGUGUCUGGGGAGACAGCACAUGCUAGAAUCUUACACGGAAGUGACGGAGCCUCUCCUUGACCCUCUCAAGCCCAGAAAUCCCAGACUUAAGCACAGGGAAGGAUGGGGCCCCUCCUGUGCUGGUGGCUUCAUCGCUGCUGCUUUCCCUGCCCUGGUGCAUGAGUAGUAAGAGGUAGGCAGGAGAUGCCUUGACAAAGCAGCCAAGCUGGCCCUGGCUCUCUGCCCAUGUAAUCCCCCUUGGCCACUCCUCCCCUCGGCCCAACCUCCAGCCAAUCCCCUGAGACCAGAAGCCUGACAAAGUGCAAUAGAGUGUGAGCCCCUGUGAGCCCACUGUGCCCCUCCGCUCCCAGGAUCCUCUCCUGUCCCCACCUGGCAUGCCGGCAGAGGAUUCUAUCCCAGAACUAAAGCCGCCUCCUGAGGCGCGGGAUCAAGGGGGGAAGACGUUCUUGUCCAGUUGUGUGCCCACUGAGGGUCGCCGGCUAAGUGGCCACGCAACCCUCACACCUCAUCUGUGCCCGGUCAAUCCACAGCCAAAGCCCGGAUGCCCUUCUUCCUAGCGCCUCUCUGGCUGGCAGUUUUCCCAGCAUCCAUUUGAACUCCCCAGCCACCAAGAGCACCAAAAGGAAGAUCCCGUACCAACAGGGUGUUAGGAAGAGAUGCCCCCACCAGGAGCCCGGCAGUGCUGCCAGUUCAGCCAUGAAACUGUAAUCUCCUAAGUGGGAGGUGGGACGGGGAUUGAUAGAGCCUAGGCAUGCGUGGCAGUCCUGGGUGGCCAAGAAAAGACCAAUGCGUCAUGCCUGCCCAGGUUAUCAGGAGGCCUUCCUGGGGCCUCUUCCGCCGCUCGGGCCCUCCAGGCUUCUUCCCGCAGGAGCUGGAGGAAGGGCUGCUGGAGGAAGGGCUCUUUGGGCUUCUCUUUUUUCCCUUUAAAGCUUGAAAAAGAAUCCUGCAUCCACAUGGACCCAGUGUAAACACUGGACUGUGAUCAAUCCGGGCACUGUUUUUAAAGCCCAGGAAUGCCAGCGGGCCAGCGCUCUAUUUACCCAUUGCCCUGGCGUUUGUGGGCUCCUCAGACUUGCAAAGAUAUUCAUGGGUUGCCCAGACUUUGGGAAGAUCUAGUUGGGGAACAGAAGACUAACAGUGAAGUUGGACUUAAAAGGUCUGAACCAGACGGACUCUCUACCGCCUCCUCUCCGGGGGAAGGGGGACUCGGUUAGCUCUCCCGCAGUCACCCGGCCCUCCACCCUCCCUCCAUCAGCAAGGUCCCAGAAGGAGAGUGGGGGGAGCCGGGAAAUGAACUAAAGUGCGCUUGUCCUUUGUGUCUCCACCCCGGGAAUGCUAACUUUCACCCUUGGUCGACUCCAGGGUAAGCGUAGAAGCUCUUCACUCCACCAACGUGAAAAACAUGAGUCAACCUUCCCGUCCAGCUAAAUCUCAAGAGGAAACUGCAGGGUAGAAAUAGAGAAAGGAUGAUCUGGGGUGAGAGGGAUAAGAGUGGACUUAUGACCCUGAGCCCUCUCACGUGCUUCCCAGCAGAGUUUGGGAUUUUGAAGGCAACCCAGCACCGUCCCUCAAGAUAAGGACAGCCGCUUUGGUUGUUGGCCAAGGCCAGUUCUUUGUGUUCCUAGGCUUUUUACAGAUAGUGCUUCCCGAGGCUUGGCUCCCAGCAAGAGCAUUUACCUCGGGCCAUUGACACCCAGAUUCUAUGAAAUCUUUUGGUGCCCUGGGCUGCUUGGGAAAGGCUGGAAUGACGUUCCUUCAGUCAGUUUGCAAGAGCUGUGUGUCUUAGCAGGGCAAUGAGCCACAAAGAGGGUCUUCCUCACUGGGAAUGAGGAAUCUGGGUUAGGGCCGUCAUGGGAGAUGCUGACCGGAGCUCAGGGCCAAGAUUUCCCUUGCUCUAUUUCUCUUCCCCACCCCUGAGGUUUCAGCUUCUCUGCCACCUCCUCCACGAGAAGCUUGGGGAGACGAGAAAAUAAGACAGAAGAGGAAGGCAAGGUCCUUUCCCUCACUAAGCUGACAGUCCAAUAUCUUUCCCCUUUUCUGGUUUGGUUUCCAAGUCCUAGGUGAACAAUUAGAUGGUUUCUGGCUUAUCUUAGGGAUCUAGUAACUAUAAAGUUAAUAAGUCAUCAGUUUUACAACCAGUGUGUUAUUUGAUUAUCACAAAAGGCCUGAGAAGUUGGUAGAACAGUUCCAACAGUGGCAAAAUUAAAAGAAAAUGGCCCAAGGUCAUAGAGCAAAUGUAUAAGUGUUGAACCCAGGUUUGCUGACUGACAAUCCAUUCCCUUCUCUCUACUAUCCUGGCAUGAAGAGAGAAGGGUCAGGUGUUACCGAGGCCUGGGCCUGACUCAUUAGCCAUCAAGUCAUGAACAUAAAGGACCCUACCUUAAGGGGCCAAAGGACAAAAAGCAGAGUCUGGACCGAAGUUGGAUGUAUCACUACCUAAGCAGAAAAAAACGGAAAUGGAGGGGCUGGCUUUCAAAAAAGGGGAAAACAACAAUAAUAAUAAUAAUAAAACAAGCAAAACAUUAUAUACUUGAAUGUUGAAGUUUAUUUAUUUUUUACAUCUGCAUUGGUUGUGUUGUAAGUGGGCCAUUCCCAUUCCUGGAGGUACAUUUUGUUUUCUCUAAAAAUAAAUAAGAUCUGCCAAACGAA